AUGAAUUAUGAAGCUAUUACAACGGACCCAGACGUUAUUGUGGGAGAUGUGUCCCAAGUGCAUCGUAAUAUUAUUGGCUGGUACCUCUAUUUAUUCUCGAGUGAACCUUUUAUCGUUUCCGCAAUAGCAACUUAUGUUCCUGUGCUUUUGGAACAGUUUGCCAGGCUUAAUGGUGUCACAGUACAUGAUCAUUCAAAGCCUUGCACACCUGCAGAUGCUAAGUGUGUUCUACCCAUGUUCAACGAGACACUAUUUAUAGAUAGUUCAAGCUUCGCACUUUACACAUUUUCUUUAAGUGUGUUUUGCCAAGCUUUAAUUGUUAUCAGCGUCUCAGGGGUUGUAGAUAUGUGUAAAACUGUGAGUUUUAAGAGACAGGUUUUGUUGUUCUUCGGUGUGCUAGGUGCGGUUAACACGAUUCUUAUUUCAAGGUUGCAUUUUACACAAUACUACUCUCUUGCAUUGCUUUCGAUUCUGGCAAACUGUUGUUAUGGUGUUAUAAACGUUGUUGGAAAUUCGUUACUUCCUAUGUUGGUUGAUGAUUUAAAGACGUUGACCAACAGUUAUGGAGACGUGAAUAGAGAUCAGUUGACUUCCACGAUUAGUGGGCGUGGAAGUGGGUUUGGAUACAUUGCCGCAUUAUAUGUACAAGUAUGCUGUUUUUGGUUAGUUAAGUCAAGUAAAUCUAAGGAAAAUAUCCAAGUGGCGGUCCUUUUUGUUGGAAUAUGGUGGUUGCUGUUCCAACUUCCAAUGUCAUGGAUGUUACAAGAUGUGAGAUUGGUUAAUACACCUAGAGUUCAUCAGUUUCAGUGGCGGCAGUCGACUAAGUAUCUAAAAUAUGGAUGGAAGUCUCUUUCUCAGUCAUGCAGACAUGCAAAAUUAUUGAAAGAUGUUCUCGUAUUUCUUCUGGGCUGGUUUAUCGUAAGUGAUUCGAUAACUACAAUUAAUUCCACCGCAAUUUUAUUCUCAAAAACGGAACUUCAUAUGAGCCUUAUUGGUUUGAUCCUCAUUAGCAUUAUAACGAUGCUAAGUGCCAUAUUUGGCGCUUUUUUUAUUCCCCAGUUCUUGUCUCAAAAAUUGAAGGUAUCUUCACAACGGACUUUGAUAUACAUUAUUUGUUGGUCAAGCCUUAUCCCACUAUAUGGUAUACUAGGUUUUGUUUUCACAAACAUAGGUUUGAAAACCCCAUUUGAAAUGUACUUACUUGCCGUCUGGUACGGCAUAUCUUUAGGUGGCUUGGCCGCAGUUUCAAGAACGGUUUUUACGUUGAUUAUCCCUAAGGGGAUGGAAUCGACUUUUUUCAGUUUAUUUAGUCUCACCGAUAAGGGCUCAUCCAUUCUUGGACCAUUAUUAGUUGGACUCAUAACUGACAAGACUCAUAAUAUUAGGUACUCCUUCUAUUUACUAUUUGCAUUCUUGGUUAUCUCACUCCCAAUAUUUAAUGCAUUGGACGUUGAAAGAGGGAAACGGGAAGCAAGCGAAUUGACCGAUUUACAAGAUGAGUGA